AUGGAAAAUGAAGUUAUAGACAUGUUUGAUAAUUUUGAGGAAGAACUACAUACGACUGAAAUGGAAAGGAGAGAAGAUGAACCUUUGUUGCAAUUCCCUAAAUCUCAAUUUGAUGACGUAGUUCCUAUAACUCAAGAUGAUGGAGUGGCCGAAACUCAAGAUGUAGUGCCUGAAACUCAAUUUGAUAUUGAAUAUGCUAAUUUGGAAGAUCAAUCUAAUGUGGUUGGCGGGAUAGUAAUUGAUGUACUUGAUGUACUUGUUAUCCGUGGAAAGCUCAAACCAAGAAAGCCAUCUGGAAGGAUUAUUUAG